ACUAGCGCACAGUUUUCAGUGUAUUUCCAAGUAGAGGGAGACGAGCACAGCGUUCUCCACAGACCCAACGAGAUGGCGAUGAAGGAGUUGCGGGAGGCUCUGCAUUUCGCUUGCACAGUCGAAUUCUGGAGGAUGGCGGUUUUAUGGACUCUCUCUAUCAUCCUCUCCUAUUUACAUUUGUUCGCUCAAACGUUUCUCUCCCCAAAUUCCGGGUCAUACCCUCGUUGUUCUCCGCGUCCGGUGCCACCACCGGGAACUUCCUCCUCCGCCGCCCCUGCUCACGGAAGACCCGUAUGCGUCAUCACCGGCGCGACGUCUGGUUUGGGUGCCGCUGCAGCAGAUGCUCUUUCAAGGGAAGGCUUCUUCGUUGUUCUUGGCUUCUCUCUGUGAUUUCUGUAAGGCUUCUCUCUGCAAUUUCUGUAAGGCUUCUCUCUGCGAUUUCUCUCUGCGUCUGGAAACAAAAUGUGUAACUGGAAUUCGUUUGAUGCCUGCAGCAGGAAGAUCAUCUCAUCUCUUGUCUAAGGCUAUAUCUAAUAUCAGAAAACGAAACAGAGGUGCUGAUCUCAAAGCUUUUGAAGUUGAUUUAUCAUCCUUUCAGUCCAUCCUGAACUUUAAAGACUCCCUUCAGCAGUGGCUUUUGGAUUCAGAUAUGCAUUCUUCAAUUCAACUUCUGAUAAAUAAUGCUGGGAUACUGGCAGCAUCAGGCAGAUCCACCGCUGAGGGCAAUGAUAUGAUGAUGGGAACCAAUUAUAUUGCUGCAUUUUGUCUCACCAAAGUUCUACUACCGCUUCUGGAAAACAGCCCUGCUCCUUCCCGGAUUGUUAACGUCACUUCCUUUACACAUCGGAAUGUAUUUGACAUACAGGUUGACAAGGCAACUGUUUCUGGGAAGCUUUUCUCAAAACUAGAAUGUUAUCCUUAUGCUCAUAUUUAUGAGUAUUCGAAAGCAUGCCUACUUCUGUUUUCAUAUGAGCUUCAUCGUCAAUUUGUCCUGGUGGGAAAAUCUCAUCAAGUUUCCGUUAGUGCUGCUGAUCCUGGAAUAGUGAAGACAAACAUCAUGCGAGAGAUUCCUUCUUGUCUCUCACAGGUGGCUUUUUUGGUGUUAAAACUUCUAGGCCUUCUGCAAUCCCCUGAGAAUGGGGUCCAUUCUAUUCUUGAUGCAGCUCUUGCUCCUGCAGGAACAUCGGGAGUCUACUUUUUUGGCGGAAAUGGUAGGACUAUCAAAUCUUCUGCACUUUCUUACGACACCAAACUUUCAAAGGAACUUUGGGCUACUUCUUGCAAUCUAUUCUUCGAAUUGCAGCUGUCCUCCGAGGAAACUUCCACUUGAAUAGGAGACGUACAUUUGUAGUGAGUAAUUGGCUUCAUAGGCAAUGAAAUAUAUGUAGAAGGCUGUGAGAGCUUGCUUUGAAUUUAUGUUAUCUUCUCUGUAAUAUAGUAGUUCAAAAAGGAAAACAAAGUGUACUAACCACCGCGACACUUUGGAACUCCAAGUUAUCAGUGGAAUAUAUAUUACAUGAUUGUUUGUUCCA